AUGCCCGGGGUCCCACGGCUCUCCGGCGCCCUCGCUGGCUGCCACUUGAUACUCCGGACGUUGGCUCAGAACACCAUCAGCCUUGAUGUCCCAGGAUCGCCGCCUUCUGGCGCUUCCGGCUACAUUGAUCCGUCGUUUGCAGGCUUCGGCAUUGAGCCAUCUAAUCUGUUCUCCUUUACCGGCUAUGAUACGCCCAAUGAGCUCACAUUUAACCUGAUAAAUAACUUGGCCAACUUCACGGGAAAGCCGCCACAUAUCCGCCUGGGUGGCAACACUGAGGACUACAUGGUCUUCAGUCAGGAUCAGGACAGAUGGACCUGGGUCAACAACCCAAACUCCGUGGGCCAGGGCGCCUAUGCAUCGGACCACAUGCUAAUCGGCCCGCGGUUCUUCGAGGCCGCCAACCGCUUCCCGGAGGGCACGCCGGUGACUUGGGGGCUCAAUCUGGCGUACGAGGAGUCAGACUGGGAACAGCAGAUCACGACCAUGGCGCGACAAGUUGUCGAAAAUUGCCCAAACCUGAAGCUCGUCUCUUUCGAGAUUGGCAAUGAGCCGGACCUGUAUCUGCAGAACUCAUUCCGGACGGCGCCGUGGGGCGGCCGGGAAUAUACUGAGGCAUGGCUUGCACGGGCGAAUGCAGUAUACGAGCAAGUGUUGAAACCCAACAACAUCACAGCUGCUUUCUUUGAGCCUGCGUGUACGGCUUCGACCAUAGGGACCGAUUUCCAGAUCAAGGAUCUCGUCAGUUUCGGCAUCGAGGCUAACGCCGCAAAUGGGGACAAGCCGCUCAUCGCUUCCUGGAACCAGCACGAUUAUUACUACUACAUCGGCGUGUCGGCCUACACGCUCACCCUCUCACACUUUCUCCAGCUGUCGACCACCGAGGACCAGUUCUCAGCCUGGCUCACGCAGCUUGAUCAGGCGGGCCAGACGCCGUACCCGUACGCCCUCAGGGAGAUGGGCGUCGUGGGCCCCAUCGGCAUGCACGGGGUGACGGACGUCUUCGCCGCCGCGCUGUGGACGCUGAACUUCUUCCUGUACGCGGCGAGCCUGAACAUCAGCAGCGUCCAGCUGCACAUGACGGACACGAGCAACGCCUCGGCCUGGCAGCCCAUCCCCAUGUACGGCCGCCAGCCGUUCGUGCGGCCCGGCUACUACGGCUACGCGGCCUUCGACCAGGCCAUCGGCCCCACCUGCACGGCGCAGGUCGCGCCCCAGGUCAUCACGGGGUUCCCGGCCGGCUACGACGGUUUCGUGCGCUCGUAUAGCGUCUACCAGGCCGGCCAGUGGGCUAGCAUCGUCGUCAUCAACGCCAAGCAGGCCCAGAGCACCGACGCCAACAUCCCCAGCCUCACGGUGCAGCUUUCGCUGCCGACAGGCCUCGCCGGCCAGCAGGUCUACCUAAGCUACCUGACCAACGCCGGGUCCGACGCCUCGGCGGGCACGACGUGGAACGGGCUGUCGUUCGAGCAGAGCGGCGACGGCACGCCUUCGCCCGUGGACGAUGGUAGCGGCAAGACGGUCCAGGUCGGCAACGACGGGACCCUGAGCGUCGAGGUCCGCGACUCCCAGGCCGUCGUCGCCAGCCUCGGCCGCAGGGUCGGCACCGGCUACCAGGUCGACGAGGGCGCGUGCGCCGUCGUGGCGCAGUCCCGCCCCGGCGUGGGCACCGGGAGCAAUGGCGGGCACAUCUAUCCCACGGGCGGCGACGGCGAUGGUGACAAUAACAAUGACAAGAACGGGGAUGGACAGGAGGAUGCGGGCACGUUGGUGCGGAGCCGGCUUUGGGGCUGGGGCAUGGUAUUGAGUGGACUUGCGGUUGGAGUUUUGGCUUUCUGA